AAGUCUCUGAGCUUCUUGUCGCGACGACAAUGGCCAACCAUAGAGAGGGUCCGGCGAUUGGGAUCGAUCUGGGUACAACUUACUCGUGCGUGGCAGUGUGGAAAAAUGAAAGAGUAGAGAUAAUAGUGAAUGAUCAAGGUAACAGGACCACUCCCUCCUAUGUUGCUUUCACUCCGAUGCAGCGCUUGGUAGGUGAUGCCGCCAAGAACCAGGUCGCCAGGAACCCCACCAACUCCGUUUUCGAUGCAAAACGGUUGAUUGGUAGGAGAUUUAGUGAUCCCUUGGUUCAAAGCGAUAUCAACCUUUGGCCAUUUAAGGUCAUUGAAGGUCCUAGUGAUAAGCCUAUGAUUGUGGUCAACUAUAAGGGUGAAGAGAAGUGUUUUGCUGCUGAGGAAAUCUCAUCUAUGGUGCUUCAAAAGAUGCGUGAGAUGGCUGAAGCCUACCUGGGCACAACUGUGAAGAAUGCGGUUGUUACUGUCCCUGCCUACUUCAAUGACUCCCAACCCAAGGCCACAAGGGAUGCUGGAGGAAUUGCAGGCUUGAAUGUCCUUCGUAUAAUCAAUGAACCAACUGCUGCAGCCCUUGCAUAUGGUCUUGAGAAGUCUGGCUGCAUUGGCAAGAAAAAUGUGUUGAUUUUUGAUGUUGGUGGUGGUACUGUUGAUGUCUCACUACUUACCAUUGAGAAGGGUGUCUUCGAAGUGAAGGCCGUUGCUGGAGAUACUCACCUUGGAGGUGAGGACUUUGAUAACAGAAUGUUAAAGCACUUUGUUGAAAUAUUUAAGAGGCAGCACAAGGUGGAUAUUAGUGGAGAUUCCAGAGCUCUUAGAAGGUUAAGAACUGCUUGUGAGAAUGCAAAGAGGAUUCUUUCUUCUGCAAUUGAGACUACCAUUGAAGUUGAUUGUUUAUAUAAUGGUAUUGAUUUCUUUUCAACUAUUAACUGUGCCAAAUUUGCGGAACUCAACAUGGAUUUGUUCAGGAAGUGUAUCGAGCCUGUGGAAAAGUGUUUGGCCGAUGCUAAGAUGGACAAGAGUUGCGUCCAUGAUGUUGUUCUCACGGGUGGUUCUUCCAGAAUCCCCAAGGUGCAGCAGCUGUUACAGGACUUCUUUGAUGGGAAGGAGCUCUGCAAGAGCAUAAAUCCAGAUGAGGCUGUGGCUUAUGGAGCUGCUGUUCAAGCUGCAAUCUUAACUGGAAGGGGUAAUAAGAAAAUUCAAGACAUUAUACUCUUUGAUGUCACCCCUCUGUCCCUUGGUAUAGAGACUCAUGGACAGGUGAUGUCUGUUUUGAUUCCAAGGAAUACCACCAUUCCCACCAAGGAGCAUGAAUACCAAACCAUGAUGGACAACCAGCUUAAUAUGAGAAUUUCAGUUUAUGAGGGUGAAAGAGCAAGAUCCACUGAUAACAACUUGCUGGGAAAAUUUGAUCUUUGUGGCAUUCCUCCAGCACCCAGGGGUGCUGGAAAGGUAAUAGUUUGUUUUGAUCUUGACAUCAAUGGUAUCUUGAAUGUUUCUGCAACAGAGAAGACCACUGGUGUGAAAAGGAAGAUCACUAUUACCAAUGAUAAAUGGAGACUGUCCAAUGAAGAGGUUGAGAGGAUGGUCCAGGAUGCGAAGAGAUACAAGGCUGAAGAUAACUAUCACAUGAAGAAGGUUAAGGCUAAGUUAGAUUUAGCGAACUAUGCCUAUGACAUGAAGAAUGCUGUCAAUGAUGAGAAUAUUUGUGCGAAGCUUAGCCCUGCAGUUCAGAAAGAGAUUAAAGAUGCUGUUGAACAGGUGAUUCAAUGGUCAUUAGAUGACAGCAAGGUCAUGUAUUUAAAACCAUAUCAGGACAAGUUGAAAUGGCUCAAGAGUAUUUGCAGUCCCAUUCAACAAAAAAGGUAAUAGUUAAAGAGUUCAUCGUAGCACCCUAUUAAUGCAACAGAUGUAAUGGUUCAAAGUUCUAACUGUCCGAUGCCCUAGCUAGAGCAGGAGCAGUCAUGGAGGAUGAUUUUGUCACUUUUGAUUCCCCUCCCCUCUCUAUUGUAAAUUCUAUGCGUUUUGACAGGUUGGGCUUGACCCAGAACCGUAUUUGUAAU